AUGUCAAACAUUGACUUCAAGAGACUUCAGUUGUUCAACGACAUCCUGAGUGGUUGCAGUGCGGGCCCAUCCUGUAAUAACUCCCAGCUGACUUUCCACAACGUGAGUAUUGAUGGCGGGCUGGAGGUUCUUGCUGAUGGAUCCCCCUGGCUACGAAUAGUCAUCUCGGUGGUGUACUUUGUUGUGGCUACAGCAGGAGUAUUGGGGAACUUGUUAGUGAUGUUUCUGCUUUAUUUUACUCGCACCAUCAACACAGGCACCAUCAAUUUUUUUGUGUUCAACUUAGCAUUGGCCCACCUGCUGUUCUCCCUGGCCUUGCCAUUUUGGGCCGUGGACACUGCACUGGACUACAGCUGGCCUUUUAGCUUGGCCACAUGCAAGGCUGUAUCCUUACUCACUGGGCUGAAUGUCUUUGCUAGCUGCUUUUUCCUGACGGCUAUGAGUUUGACCCGCUACUGCUAUGUGGCAACUGCUCUCAAACCCCGCGCCUCCCUGUGCCGUAGAUCUUGCACUUCUCCGGUGGCCGCAGCUUUUAUCUGGGCUGGAGCGCUCAUAGCAGCGGCACCCCGAGCUUUGUUUGCAGACCUGAGCCUUGUGGGGAGUGGCAACGACACAGCAUGCCUGCUCCGUUUCCCAGAUGGCACAGCAUGGCUUGGAAUAAACCAGCUCCUCCGCAUGGUGCUGGGAUUUCUGCUGCCUUACGCCAUCAUCAUCCUUUCCUACCUGCUCCUGCUGCGCUUCCUCUGUCGCCAUAAACUGAAAGGCAGCGGCUCUCGGCGAAAGGCAGAUAUUUCAAAGUCUGUGGCAGUGGUGGUGCUUUCAUUCUGCGUAUGCUGGUUCCCAUACAAUGUCCUCACACUUUGGGGUGUCCUAAUCCAACUUGACAUCUUUGACAUCAGCCCCUCAUUCUACCUGGCUCAAACAUACUUUUUCCCUGUGGCUAACUGCUUGGCUUUCACCAGCAGUUGCUUCAACCCCGUCAUCUACUGCCUGGUUAGAAAGGAAUACCGUGUGGCUCUCCAUAAUGUGCUCUUCAAAUUGAGUCUGGCUAUUAUGUCCAAGAUGCCCUUUGGCAUUAGCUCUGAGGAGGGCUCGGCACAAGCCGGACAACUGGCUAUUCCUCUCAACAACAUGUACAGCCAGACAAGCCAAUCUGACAAGAGGAGAUAUGUACCACUGUCAGCACUUCCAACUGUAGUGUCCACUCUGUAA